CACUGACCAAAGGACGGUCAGGUUCCCUGCAGCUGAAGAAAGGAACAGCACAAUGGUCACUCCUACUCGGACCUUGGCUGCACCUGAGAAGGUGGGCAGCUCAGAGCCCUCCACCUCUACUCAAGAUCCCGUCCAGACCUCCUCCCCCGCUGCUAACCCCGGGGUCGGGGGGGAGGGGGAGGUGGUGUGCCAUUGCCUGCAGACGUGGUGACCUGGAAGGGAAAGGGGUGGGAGGACGAAGUGUUAGUAUGAAGCAGUUAGCUUCGUCCACUGAUUCUUCGCCCUCCUUAUUAGGAUCUGAAGCUGGUUAUUGCGAAUUUCGUCCAUUAAAGCCUCUGUCUCCGGAGACUUAAUCUGUAUCCUAGAGGUCACCUGCCCAAAUGUCAGGGUCCCGCAGGGAACAGGGAUCUGGUGCUGGCUUCUACUUCCAUAGACUUCUUUAGCCCCUACAGCCCCGGGUUCGGCCGCAGCGCUUGUGUUUGUGUGUGUGUGUUGCGGGUGUUCUGGAAGCACCCCCGGGGCAACCCUACCCCAGCUGCGCAGGCAAGACGCCGCCGUGCCUUCUCGCCCCGCCCCUGCUGCAAGCCCCGCCCCUGGUCCAGAAUAUUUAAAGAAGAAUGUACCGCCGGAAGUGUGCUUAGAAAAUAGAGGCCAUCCGAUAAGCGUAUAUGCUGACAGAGACCCACCGAAAAACACCCUGGCGUUGGUCCAGAGACAAACGCUUCUUGUUCUGAAAUUCCGAGGCCGGCCUCACUCGCUCUCUUUUCUGGCGAUAUUUGUCCCUCGUGAGACACCGUUGAUCGUCCAGGAGGCGUGACAAGGGGCGGGCAGUGGGGCGGGCGCGGGGCUGCGGAGCCAGGCCUGCCGCUGUCAUGGACGCCUGGGUUCGCUUCAGUGCUCAGAGCCAGGCCCGGGAGCGGCUGUGUAGGGCCGCCCAGUAUGCCUGCUCCCUUCUUGGCCAUGCACUACAGAAACAUGGGGCCAGUCCCGAGUUACAGAAACAAAUUCGACAGCUGGAGGGUCAUCUGAGCCUAGGAAGAAAGCUUCUACGCCUGGGUAACUCAGCAGAUGCCCUUGAGUCAGCCAAACGAGCUGUGCACUUAUCAGAUGUGGUCCUGAGAUUCUGCAUCACUGUUAGUCACCUCAAUCGAGCCUUGUACUUCGCCUGUGACAAUGUCCUGUGGGCUGGAAAAUCUGGACUAGCCCCCCGUGUGGAUCAGGAGAAGUGGGCCCAGCGUUCAUUCAGGUACUAUCUGUUUUCCCUCAUCAUGAAUUUGAGCCGUGAUGCGUAUGAGAUUCGCCUACUGAUGGAGCAAGAGUCUUCAGCUUGUAGCCGGCGACUGAAGGGUUCCGGAGGAGGAGCCCCAGGAGGAAUUGAAACUGCAGGACCUGGGGGUCCAGGAACUCCAGGAAGAGGCUUGCCUCAACUGGCUCUCAAGCUUCAGCUCCGAGUCCUGCUUUUGGCUCGGGUCCUCCGAGGUCAUCCCCCACUUCUGCUGGAUGUGGUCAGAAAUGCCUGUGAUCUUUUCAUUCCACUGGACAAACUGGGCCUCUGGCGCUGUGGCCCUGGGAUUGUGGGCCUUUGUGGCCUCGUGUCCUCCAUCCUGUCUAUUCUUACUCUGAUCUGCCCUUGGCUACGACUCAAGCCCUGAUAUUCUGGUACAGGAUAAGGAGGGGAUCUGAAUUGGUAAGAUGGAAUCUUAGAUCAUCCCUAAUGUACCAGCCUCAUUCUAAUUCUACUCCUUGGUUAAAGUUAAGAUCCCAAGAGUUCGGGGUAGAGGGAGGAGCUUUGGGGAAGGUGAGGUGAAGAGAGGUGUCUUGUGAAGUCGAUGGGAUGAUUCUGAUGUUCAGAUCUUCUGGGGCUUUUGCUUUUUCCUCCUUCAUUGCAAUGUCUCUGUCGCUCUUGACCCCUUUUACUUUGUGUUUCUUGAGUCUAUUUAGGAUUCUGUCUCUGCAUCUGUUUUUUACCUUCUCAAUUUGCUGUCCUAGGAAUUUAAUCAGCAGAAUCACUUUUUUGGUAGGGGAGGUAGAAGGUGUAGUCUGUUGUAAGGUUCUAACUGCCUUCUUUUUCCUCACAAAGGUGACUUGUGGCAGAUUUUACCCCCUUCAAAUGCCACCAAAUUGUAACUUUAGAGACUUCAUGUCCCAGUGGAUUCUCCCCUCAUGCACCAGAGGUAGUUUGAUACUUCCUCCUUCAUGUCUGCCUCACCAGCCUCCCUCAUGACUUGGCCCUUCCCUCUACUCACACCUGCAGAUUUCUGCUUACACUUUUAUUUCAGGGCUUUGUUCCCUAGCCUGUUCUCACCCCUUCUUUGCCUAUCCAGAAGGAUGCUGUGUCUAGCAUCUUGCUGUAAAUACUGUACAGUGAUUCUGUGUAAAUAGCUGUGGCCGUGCCCACGAUGGGAGCAAGCCUUCCAGGUCAGCACAUUAAAGGUCCGUUUGCUCAUCAAUG